AUGCUGUGUCUACGACAGCUGCCCAAGCGGGCAUCGCACGCCAAGGCUCGUUCGCUUCUGUCAUACACAUUCAAAGCCGUAGAGCCUGUCUGUUUGAGUACAAGACGACUUGCCACGGCCGCAGCGCAGCAGAGCAAGCCCAGAGACACCACAGACUCAUCUACACAAGAGCCUGCGGCGCGUCGCCGGAGUCUCCAGGAUGCCAAGCCAUUUUCCGACUUUCUCACAGACACCUUCCACCGGCAGCAUGACUACCUGCGCAUCUCCGUCACGGAGCGCUGCAACCUACGCUGCGUGUACUGCAUGCCGGAGGAGGGCGUGCCGCUCUCGCCGAGCCGCGAGCUGCUGACCACGCCGGAGAUUGUCAUGCUCUCGUCUGUAUUCGUCUCGCAGGGCGUCACCAAGAUCCGACUCACGGGCGGCGAGCCCACGGUGCGCCGCGACAUUGUGCCGCUGAUGCAGCAGAUUGGCGCGCUGCGGGCCCACGGGCUCAAGGAGCUGUGCCUGACCACCAACGGCAUCUCGCUGCACCGCAAGCUCGACAGCAUGGUCGAGGCCGGCCUCACCGGCAUCAACAUGAGCCUCGACACGCUGGACCCGUGGCAGUUCCAGAUCAUGACGCGGCGCAAGGGCUUCGACGCCGUGCAGCGCAGCAUCGACCGCGUGCUCGAGAUGAACCGCGCCGGCGCCGGCAUCCGGCUCAAGAUCAACUGCGUCGUGAUGCGCGGCGUCAACGACCGCGAGGUGCUGCCCUUUGUCGACCUCACCCGCGACAAGGACAUUGAGAUUCGCUUCAUCGAGUACAUGCCCUUUGACGGCAACAAGUGGAACAAGCGCAAGAUGCUCAGCUACGACGAGAUGCUCGACAUGAUUCUCGUCAAGUACCCCACGCUGCAAAAGGUGCAGGACCACAAAAACGACACCAGCAAGACCUGGCACGUCCCGGGCUUUGCGGGUCGCAUCGGCUUCAUCACGAGCAUGACGCACAACUUUUGCGGCACCUGCAACCGCCUGCGCAUCACCGGCGACGGCAACCUCAAGGUUUGCCUCUUUGGCAACGCCGAGGUGUCGCUGCGCGAUAUCCUGCGCCAGUCCAACGGCGGCGAGCCCAUUGACGAAGCGGCCUACGAAGCCAUGAAGCAAAUCGAGAUGGACCGGAGGCAGGGCCUGACGUCCCCCGACACGCCGCUCGGCAUGGCGCCAAACGAGGCCGAGCUGCUAGAUGUCAUUGGCAUGGCUGUGAAGCGCAAAAAGGCCAAGCACGCAGGAAUCGGCGAGCUCGAGCACAUGAAGAACCGGCCCAUGAUUUUAAUAGAUCCUGUUGCCCCGACCCUACAUGGCGCCAUGCCUCGCAGAAUGCACCACCUCAACAGCACACAACAUUUCUUCUCACACAGCCACCAACGCCGACUCUUCUCUUCCACCCCGCAACGACAGAGCAAAGACGAUGACGCCAAGCCUCCCAAGCUCACGCACGUCUCCGAGACGGGCGCCGCGCACAUGGUCUCCAUCGCCAGCAAGGCCGUCACAGCGCGCGUCGCCACCGCCUCCUGCACCGUGCGCUUCUCCAGUGCCGUCGCGCCGGGGCUCAUCCGCGCCAAUGAGCUGAAAAAGGGCGACGCGCUCGGUGUCGCGCGCGUCGCCGGCAUCAUGGCCGCCAAGCGCACGCCGGACCUCAUCCCGCUGUGCCACCCAAUCCCCGUGUCGCGCGUCAGCGUGGACCUGGCGCUCGGGGAGGCUAGCGUCGAGGUGCGCGCGACGGUCGAGUGCGACGGCAAAACGGGCGUCGAGAUGGAGGCGCUGACGGCGGCGUCGACGGCGGCGCUAACCGUGUACGACAUGUGCAAGGCGGUGGACAAGGGCAUGGUGGUGGAUGGGCUGCGGGUGGUGCUAAAGGAUGGCGGCAAGAGUGGGCGGUGGGAGAUGGACUAG